GAGCCUAUAGAGGCAGCCCCUUUGGUAAUAAUACUGUAAGAACUGAACACAGCCUGGAGAAGGAGAGAGAAAACAUCACUACAUUGGUUAUUCAGAAGUGUGAUGAAAACCUCCCCAAGUGAAGCUACAGACACGAAGUCCCAUCCUGAACAUCUCUAACCCACAUGCAGCACUGCCAGGCUCCAGGACCCUUUCCCCUGUGAUCCAGCACUGCAGAUCCUGAGCUGAUAAGCAGGAACAAAGCGCCGUGAACAUUUAAAAAUCCAAAAUUCCUGGAGCGCGCGAGCCUCCCCGGCGGAGCACGCACCCGUUCCUCUUGGGCAGGAGGCUUGGAUAUUGGAUUACAGACUUUUGAAGAGAAAGGAUCACAUCUCAGAUUGGAGCGUUAAUUCUGCGCUGGAUACGUGCCAAAACUUUCCAGUUCGCCACAAGGUACCGACAAUAUGCCCGUUAUAAAGUACCCCAGGAUUAGAGACCCUCUCUUUUAUGAAUGGGACAGGAAAGCCCAGAAAUGUGGAUUAAGACACACAAUUUAUUUUGUAAAUGGGGAUCAGUAUACUGGAGAAUGGCUGGACAACUUGAAACAUGGUAAAGGCACCCAGAUUUGGAAAAGCACAGGAGCUAUUUACAGUGGAGACUGGAAGUUUGGGAAGCGGGAUGGUUAUGGCUCAUACAGCAUUCUUGACCCAGUGACCAAGGAAUACAAGAAGGUGUACACAGGCUGGUGGGAAAAUGACCGAAGAGGUGGCCGGGGGAUGUUCUCUUACCCCAACGGGGAGCGCUACGAGGGCGAGUGGAGCAAUGGUUUGCGGAGCGGCUGGGGAAAGAUGCACUACAGCGAUGGCUCCAUCUACGAGGGACAGUGGCUGAUGGAUCAGCCCAACGGGCAGGGCGUGCUGCGGCUCCCAAAUGGAAAUCGGUACGAAGGAAGUUGGAAAGAUGGCAAGAAGCAUGGCCCAGGGAAAUACUUCUACCCAGAUAAAGGACAGCUGUUAGAAGGCAUCUGGGUAGCAGAUAUACCAAAGUGUGGAGUUCUGGUUGACUUUGGCAGAGAAAAUGCUCCAGCCCCUACAGAGUUUCCACUCCCAGAGAUUGAACUACGUGAUCCAGCUGGUGUUUCAGCAGAGGCUCGGGCAAUGUUUGAUGACAGCCAUAAUUAAUAACCAGAUGCUGAAGGAAAAAAGAAAAU